AUGAUGUCGGAAGAGCACAGCCGCGAGCCACGGAAGAAAUCUCACGCGCGCGUGGCGCAGAUCCUGACGGAGUUCAAGAACGGCGUCGUUUACGGCCACAGCCUCGGUCCAAGCGACGUUAAGCUGACUGUGGUGGGGAAAGACGGUUACAGAGUCACCAUGGAUGUUCACAGGAAGGUUUUAUCUGAGAAGAGCAGGUUUUUCAUGGAGAAGAUGAAUUCGAGAAGAGAGAAAGGAGUUUCUCACAUGGUGGAGAUUAGUGAGUGUGAUGAUUUAGAGAUCUAUGUAGAGACUGUUGUUUUGCUGUAUUGUGAUGAUCUCAAGAAGAAAUUGAUCGGUGAAAGUGUCAUCAAAAUCUUGGCUUUACUUAAGGUUUCUGCAGCUAUAUUGUUUGAUGAAGGAGUAAUGUCAUGUUUGAAGCAUUUGGAAGCUGUUCCUUGGUCAGAAGAUGAAGAAGAGAUUGUUGUGUCUUGUCUUGAAGAGCUUCAUCUUCCUGAUGAUGAUUCAGUCACUUUGAUUCUUCAGAGAGUUUCAUCUGAGCCUUCCACUUCCUCGACGAGGAACAGAACCGAUGAUAUCUUUGUGAAACUCCUCACUGGUGUUCUACAAGCGAAAGAUGAGAAAGCUCGGCGAGAGAUGAAAGUUUUGAUCUUUAAGUUGAUUAGAGAAGAGGCUGAUCAUGAUGUCUCUAAAGAUACACUUUACGGUUUGUGCCAUCGAUGUKUCACGUCUCUUGUCCUUUGCUUAUCUGAAGUGACCACAGAGAUGAAUGAUCCCGGGAAAGACCGUGGUUCUUUGAUGGGAGAAAUCGCCAGAGAAGCUGAAAACAUGCUGUGGAUGGUAGAUAUAUUGAUUGAGAAGAAAAUGUGUGAUGAGUUUGUGAAACUAUGGGCGGAUCAAAAGGAGCUAUCGAAUCUUCAUUCGAAGAUACCAACGAUGUAUAGACACGAAAUAAGCAAGAUCACAGCGCAGAUAUGUGUUGGUAUUGGUAGAGGAAGGAUCUUGGUGAACCGAGAGACUAGGUUUGCGGUUUUGAAUACAUGGUUAGAGGCUUUGUAUGAUGAUUUCGGGUGGAUGAGACGGUUAUCCUCAAGAACCCUAGAUAGGAAACUGGUGGAGGAUGGACUUAGCCAGACCAUCUUGACCUUGUCCCUGAGACAACAGCAGGUGAUUCUGAUGAAAUGGUUUGAUCGGUUUCUGAGCAAAGGCGAUGAUUGUCCAAAUGUUCAACGAGCAUUUGAGGUAUGGUGGAGAAGAGCUUUCAUAAGACAGGUCUUGACAGAGCCGGAUGCAUCGCAGCUGCAGAUUACACUUUACGACUAA